UGAAAGCCGGAAGCUGUAUCUACAACGAACGACGCUUGUUAGGCUGCGAAGAAAACAAAAACUAAAAAUAAAAUAGCGAAUCACUUUUGAUAGUAUCAUUCUUUGAGCUCACUCAGAUCCGUGUGGUUGUAAUCGCCAUCUUCGCCAUGGCGAUUAGGGUUUUUCUCAUCGUUCUUCUCUUCCUUUCUUUCACCAAUCUGACUUAUUCGCUCUACGAAGAUCAAGUUGGCCUCAUGGAUUGGCACCAAAAAUACAUUGGGAAAGUAAAGCAUGCUGUGUUCCACACUCAGAAGACUGGGCGAAAGCGUGUUUUGGUGUCUACUGAAGAGAAUGUUGUAGCUUCGCUCGACCUUCGUCAUGGAGAGAUUUUUUGGAGGCACGUUCUUGGGACAAAUGAUGUUAUUGAUGGACUUGACAUUGCCCUGGGAAAAUAUGUCAUUACUCUUUCUUCGGAUGGCAGUAUAUUGAGAGCAUGGAACCUUCCUGAUGGACAGAUGGUUUGGGAGUCUUCCCUUCCGGGCUCGAAGGCAUCAAAGUCAAUAUUACACAUCCCAAAAAAUCUGAAAGCUGACAAGGAUGAUUUGAUCCUUGUUUAUGGUAAAGGGAGCCUCAAUGCCGUUUCAGGUGUAGAUGGUGAAGUUCUCUGGAAGAAAGAUUUUGCUGGUGAAAGCAUUGAGGUUAGCCAUAUUAUUCAAUCUUCUGAUGUGAUCUAUGUGGCUGGUUUUGCUGAUUCGUCAAAGAUUAGUGUGUAUGGAUUAAAUGCUAAGAAUGGAGAGUUGUUAGAGAACAACCAUGCAGCACUUCCUUUUGGUACUUUUGGGGAAUUAUUAUCAGUCUCGGGUGAUAUGUUUGUAGUAUUGGAUGAAAUGAGAUCAAAGAUAGUAAUAGUACACCUCAAGAAUGGAGAGAUUAGCUACAACCAGAAGCAUAUUUCAGACCUCACCAAAGAUUUAGCUGGUCAGCCAGUAAUACUACCAUCAAGGCUUCCAGGAAUGUUUGCAUUAAAUACCAAUUCCUAUGUUCUUUUAAUUAAAGUGACAAAUCAAGGUGAGCUGGUGCUGGUGGACAAAGUUAAUAAUGGAGCAGCUGUUAGUGAUUCUUUGUCAAUUUCAGAGGAUGAACAUGCUUUUGCAUUUGUUCAUUAUGGAGACAAUAAAAUCCACCUCUCUGUAAAGAAUGUUAAUGAUUGGAAUCAUGAUUUGCUUAAGGAGAGCAUAGUAAUAGAUCAUCAAAGAGGGAAAAUUGAUAAGAUUUUUGUGAACAAUUAUGUAAGGACAGAUAGAUCCCAUGGGUUUAGAGCAUUGAUGGUAAUGGAGGACCAUUCGCUCUUAUUAGUACAACAAGGAGAAAUUGUUUGGAGUAGAGAGGACGGUCUUGCAUCAGUUGUAGAUGUAACAACAUCAGAACUACCUGUGCAAAAGGAAGGUGUGUCUGUGGCAAAAGUUGAACAGAACCUUUUUGAAUGGCUUAAGGGACAUAUGUUGAAGCUCAAAGGAACUCUAAUGAUUGCCAGUCCUGAUGAUUUGGCAGCUAUUCAGGCACUGAGGUUGAGGAGUUCUGAGAAAAGCAAAAUGACUCGUGAUCAUAAUGGUUUCCGGAAGUUGCUUAUAGUACUUACAAGGGCGGGCAAAGUGUUUGCCUUGCACACUGGAGAUGGACGUGUAGUUUGGUCUAUUCUACUUCCUAGUUUACGCAAGUCAGAAGCAUGUGAAAAUCCAGUUGGUCUUCACAUCUAUCAGUGGCAAGUUCCACAUCAUCAUGCAUUGGAUGAGAAUCCAUCUGUCCUCGUUGUUGGGCAAUGUGGACCAAGUUUGUCCACCCCAGCUGUUCUUUCUUUUAUUGAUGCUUACACAGGGAUGGAACUCAAGUCUUUGAGUCCAGCUCAUACUGCUGCUCAAGUCAUUCCACUUCCUUAUACUGAUUCAACUGAACAGCGUCUGCAUCUAAUUAUAGAUGAUAAGCAGCAUGCAUAUUUGUACCCAAGAACUCCCGAAGCUAUUGAUAUUCUGAAGCACGAAUUUUCAAAUGUGUACUGGUACUCAGUUGAUGCUGAUAAUGGUGUUAUAAGAGGUCAUGCCCUGAAGGGUAACUGUAUUCAGGAAGCAGUGGAUGAAUAUUGCUUUGACUUCAGGGACUUAUGGUCAGUUGUAUUCCCAUCUGAAUCAGAAAAGAUUAUUGCAACUAUGACAAGAAAAUCAAAUGAGGUUGUUCAUACUCAAGCAAAAGUUAUGACUGACUAUGACGUCAUGUAUAAGUAUAUAUCAAAGAAUCUACUUUUUGUCGCGAAUGCAGCACCAAAGGCCGCAGGGGAAAUUGGUACAGUAAUCCCAGAGGAGGCAUGGCUGGUCAUCUAUAUCCUUGAUACCGUAACCGGUCGUAUACUGCAUCGCAUGACUCAUCAUGGAUGCCAGGGUCCUGUUCAUGCUGUAUUCAGUGAAAACUGGGUUGUCUACCACUAUUUUAAUCUUAGAGCACACAGAUAUGAGAUGUCAGUUGUUGAGAUCUAUGAUCAGUCUCGAGCGGAUAACAAAGAUGUUUGGAGGUUUGUUCUUGGGAAGCAUAAUCUUACAUCACCUGUAUCUUCUUAUUCUCGACCAGAAGUAAUAGCAAAAUCACAAUCAUACUUUUUUACCCAUUCUGUGAAAGCAAUUGAAGUGACUUCAACUGCCAAGGGUAUAACCUCUAAGCAGCUUCUUAUUGGAACAAUUGGUGAUCAGGUUUUGGCCCUUGAUAAACGCUUUUUGGAUCCCCGGCGCACAGUUAAUCCUUCACAAGCUGAAAAAGAAGAUGGAAUUAUUCCUCUCACUGAUUCAUUGCCAAUCAUUUCCCAGUCCUACAUUACACAUGCGCUUAAAGUGGAAGGUCUCCGAGGCAUAGUAACAGUACCGGCCAAGCUGGAGUCUACAUCACUCGUCUUUGCAUAUGGAGUAGAUCUAUUUUUCACCCAGAUUGCUCCUUCAAGGACUUAUGAUUCACUAACCGAAGAUUUCAGUUAUGCUCUACUGCUUCUAACAAUUGUCGCUCUAGUAGCUGCGAUAUUUGUUACGUGGGUACUGUCUGAGAGGAAAGAUCUGCAAGAUAAAUGGAGAUGAUCUACCCUCCAUUUUGGCCAUAGAAUUUCUUUAAUUUUGAGGUUGAAGUAGGUUUAUUCUCCAGUUUUCAAAUGUUAGUUAUAACUUUUUUGUAGGUCUGCUGAAAACUUGUAGCUUGAAUUGGCAGAGUAAUGUAACAUUCCACUAUGAUGCAUUGUUUCAGGGUUAAUGGAGGAUAGUAAUUUAAAUGAUGUAAAUCGAUGAGUGACACAGAGAAUCAUAGACUUUCGAGACCUGUGCAUUGUGAAAGAAUUAUGGUGGCAGGCUCGAGUUGAUAAA